UGACAUGUCACCUGACGAAUACAACAAGGGAGGAAGUGCAGCCGAUCGCACAUUGUAAAAAACAAGCAAUGCAGUGUUUAUGUAAAAUAGAAUCCAGUUUAAUGAAGUUGUGGCUCGUCUGUUUGUCUCUUUUCAUAAACCAUGGGUUUGCAGGGAAAAUGAAAAUAGUCGAGGAGCCAAACACAUUUGGGUUGAACAAUCAUUUUCUGUCUCAGGGAAGCAGACUACAGCCCAAAGUGACCCCAUCUUCAGUGUCUGGCCCAGUGCAUCUUCAUCAGCUUGCUGGAAAGUGUUUCAGUCUCACAGAAUCCACGUAUAAAUAUGAAUUCUGUCCAUUUCACAACAUCACCCAGCAUGAGCAGUCGUUCAGGUGGAAUGCCUACAGUGGGAUCCUGGGGAUCUGGCAGGAGUGGGAAAUAGAAAACAACACUUUCACAGGGAUGUGGAUGAGAGACGGGGAUACUUGUGGAACCAGAAAAAGAGAAACAAAGGCGAUUUUGGUCUGCGGCGUGAGCAGCAAGCUUGUUCAAGUGUCAGAGCCCAGCACUUGUGUUUACUCGCUAACCUUUGAGACGCCACUUGUUUGCCAUCCACAUUCUCUUUUAGUGUACCCAACGCUGACUGAGAAACUGCAAGGGGAAUGGGAUGAAGCAGAGCAGGCGCGUUAUGAAGCUCUUGUUACUGAACAGGGUUACAGCAAUCUCUUGCGGGACAUUUUUGAAGACGCCGGUCUCCUGAAGAGCCAAAAAGUGAAGGUCAAACUACCAGAAGAUGUAGACGAUGCAGUGAAGCAGGUCUCCUUACAAAAAUGCACUGAGGACCUCCAAAAGCAGAGGGAAGAGGUUGAGAGACUGCGUGCGCUCCUCACUCAACACAAUAUUCCGUAUACUCCGUCAAAACAGAAUGAAGCAAAAGUUGAUGCAGUGGUUGUGAAAGAUGAGAAUCAACACCUGCGAGGAGACACGGGACUUCUUGACCCGCAGUGAAAGUCACCUGAAAGCGAGCCAAGCAACGGAGACUGGGAACACCGGACCGGACACUGUUCCCGUCACCGGUGACAACACUAAAUGUGCAUUGAAGAACUGACCGUGUGGAAAAAUGAACUUGGAUUUUGAACUAAUUUUAGAGAAGUUAGCUGGUGCUCUCGCUCUCACACUAUUAGCAUAGCAACAGUGGGUACAUCAGCUACAUCUACUGAAUUAAUAGCAAGUGUUUUUCCAUGUGCAAACCAAAAGGCAAAAGUGGUGGAGGAUAGUUUCUUUAUACAUAUGUAUGGAUUCAUACAGAGACAGAAACAUAUUUAAAAAAAGGUCAGUCGUGCUGUAUUUUCAUGCAAAUAUAAAUCUGUAAUUGACAUAUUUAACAUAAA